GGGCGCGUCCCGGCGGGUGGCGGCGGCGUUGGGCCUCCUCCUCCUCCUCCUCUUCCUCUUCUUCUUCUUCUUCUUCCUCCUCCUCCUCGUCGUCGUCGUCGUCCUGGUGUCCCCCGCCUUAUGGUCCCCGGCCUGGAGCCGGAGCCGAGCGGCCCGGGCCUGUCCGCCGCCGCCGCCCCCCGAACAUGCCCGGCCCGAAGCUGACCACGCAGGCCUACUGCAAGAUGGUGCUGCACGGAGCCAAGUACCCGCACUGCGCCGUCAACGGGCUGCUGGUGGCCGACAGGCCGAAGCCCGGCCCGCGGCCCGCCCUCCUGGUCGACUGCAUCCCCCUCUUCCACGGCACCCUGGCCCUGGCGCCCAUGCUGGAGGUGGCCCUCACCCUGAUUGAUUCAUGGUGUAAAGAUAACAGCUAUGUAAUUGCUGGAUAUUAUCAAGCUAAUGAACGUAUGAAGGAUGCAAGUCCAAACCAGGUUGCUGAAAAAGUAGCCUCUAGGAUCGCAGAGGGCUUCAGCGACACUGCACUCAUUAUGGUGGACAACACUAAGUUUACUAUGGAAUGCAUGGAACCCACCAUUCAUGUAUAUGAACACCAUGAAAACAAGUGGAGGUGCAGAGACCUACACUAUGAUUAUUGUGAAGACUGGCCCGAAGCGCAGAGGAUCUCAGCAUCUCUUUUGGACAGCAGGUCCUAUGAAACCCUCGUGGAUUUCGACAACCACCUGGACGACAUCCGAAAUGACUGGACAAAUCCAGAGAUCAACAAAGCUGUUCUACACUUGUGUUAGGGAGGGAGUCCACUGACUGAUUUAUGGGCAUUUCCACUACAUUGGAGAGAAAUAUUUUUUAAUGUAAAUAGAGUAGUGUCUCCGACCUUAGGUGGAAAGCCAACCGUUUUGAGAAGUGGCAGGUGCCUUGGAAGAGGCCGUAAAUCUAGCAGUCAAAUCUUUUUUAACGCAAAUCUCUAGAUGAGGUACGAGCUGCCAAAUCUAGCAUCCCUGUGGAUCCCUUCCCAGUGGCAGUGAAUGUUGCUAUAACCUUCAAAAUCAAAGCUAUUUAUGCUUGUCCAAGAUUGUUCCUAUUAAACAGUUUUAACUAACCUUUUAUAAUCUUGAGAGAAUUUUUAAGACAUAUGAACUGUAUUUAAAAAAAACCAAAUCUUAUCCUUGAAUGUGUUUAUUUUUAAUAUAUAUAUUUUUAAACCACGUCAAUAAUACGAAGUACAGUGAUAGAACCAAGUCAAGAGAUCCACCACUGGUGUACUCAGAACCAGACUGGUGUAUGAAAGUCAGACACACUGUGGAAGAUUACACACCAUGCACGUACUAUAUGUUUUUACAGUAGUUGAACAUUAGUCAUUACAAAAGAGUUCUACUUAAGCAAUAUUGUUUUCACAGAAGCUGCAGAGACUACAAAACACAGUGGGAAUAAACCCACUGUUGCCUGAGAAACCUUUAUAAUUAAAGGCCGAAACAAACAUUGUAAGGAGGACUUUGGAGCACAGUGAAACGGUUCUCGAUCAGCUGAACAGCUCUGAAGUGUACUGAAGAAUCAGGGAGUUGAAAAAAAAAUGACAUUUUCUGGAUUACCUGCAGGCUUCAGCUGGAUUUUAAAACCACCAGACAGCGCUAAACUGAUUUAGAUGAUCCCUUCCAUAGUUCUGAAACAUAUCUGACUAUGAAACAGUGGAAAUUUGAUCCGUCUCAUGUUUGUAUCAGAAGAUCGUAGGUACAUUGAUUCUCAUUUAACUUUGUGUCUUAAUUACCCCCUUUGGUGUUUCAAAUAUAAUCUUAUCUGUUGAUAGGCAACUUAUGGUGCCAUGGCAUUUGUUAAUCAAACGUAAUCAAAAGUACCUUGAUUUGUUCCUUUUACGUGGGUCACUGUGUACAAUGUUUCUAGUACUGUACCUUCUUUUACUGCUUCUCUUCGCUGACUACAUUAAGAAAAUUUGUUAACGAUUUGGUUAACCCAGCAAAUCUGAAUUGGUUAAUUUUAUAUCAUUCAAAAAACUUAUUUUCACCAGUAAAAAGUAUUUCAAACAUCA